GCUGACUCACUGCGCCCAAAACAGGCCCUGAGCGCCCAGUAGACACCAUGGCCGCCCUCCUCUGCGCUCCCUAACCCUCUCCUUCAGCUGAGCUUUGGUUAUGGCGGUGGCAGGUGGCGUAUGCUGGAAAUCUACUAAGUGGCAUUUGGGGUCUGAGCCCCUUCAGACAGGAUCUGAGAGUCUGACGAUUCCUGGACCCCAAGCCCAGCUGCAGGGCUCAGCCAGACAUUGUCAUGAGACUUCCUCCUUGAAGCCUCUCUUGACUCAGAUGCAUGCUCCUAUUCUUAUGAACUUGUAGAAUGAUGUGUGUGGCUUUGAUGAAACGAGCCUCUCCCCCAUCUCUGGGCAUCAGCACCUUGAGGGCAUGAAGGUGACCCUGUGUCCCCUGCACUGGGCCUCGACCAGGGCCAGCCUCGCAGUAGGUGCUCGGUCAGCGUGGGACAGUUGGGACUUUUCCUCCUGACCAGCUCCAGAAAGCAAGGAGGAGAUGGCCACCAAGGAGAAGCUGCAGUGUCUGAAGGACUUUCACAAGGACAUCCUGAAGCCAUCCCCAGGGAAGAGCCCAGGGACAAGGCCCGAGGAUGAGGCUGAGGGGAAGCCCCCCCAGAGGGAGAAGUGGUCCAGCAAGAUCGACUUUGUGCUGUCCGUGGCUGGCGGCUUCGUCGGUUUGGGCAAUGUCUGGCGUUUUCCGUACCUCUGCUACAAAAAUGGUGGAGGUGCAUUUCUCAUACCGUAUUUUAUUUUCCUGUUUGGGGGCGGCCUGCCUGUGUUUUUCCUGGAGGUAAUCAUAGGCCAGUACACCUCUGAAGGGGGCAUCACCUGCUGGGAAAAGAUCUGCCCCUUGUUCUCUGGCAUCGGCUAUGCCUCCAUCGUGAUUGUGUCCCUCCUCAAUGUAUACUACAUCAUCAUCCUGGCCUGGGCCACAUACUACCUGUUCCAGUCCUUCCAGUCGGAGCUGCCCUGGGCGCACUGCAACCACACCUGGAACACGCCCCAUUGCUUGGAGGACACUAUGCGCAAGAACAAGAGCCUGUGGAUCACUCUCAACACCAGCAACUUCACCUCCCCUGUGACCGAGUUCUGGGAGCGCAACGUGCUCAGCUUGUCUUCUGGAAUCGACAGCCCCGGCUCACUGAAGUGGGACCUUGCUCUCUGCCUUCUUUUCGUCUGGUUGGUCUGUUUCUUCUGCAUCUGGAAGGGCGUCAAGUCCACGGGGAAGGUUGUCUACUUCACGGCCACUUUCCCGUUUGCUAUGCUCCUGGUGCUGCUGGUUCGUGGACUGACACUGCCUGGUGCAGGCGCAGGCAUCAAGUUCUAUCUGUACCCUGACAUCAGUCGCCUCCAGGACCCACAGGUAUGGAUCGAUGCUGGGACCCAGAUCUUCUUCUCCUAUGCCAUCUGCCUGGGGGCCAUGACCUCACUGGGGAGCUACAACAAGUACAAGUACAACUCGUACAGGGACUGUAUGCUGCUGGGAUGCCUGAACAGUGGUACCAGUUUUGUGUCUGGCUUCGCAAUUUUUUCCAUCCUGGGCUUCAUGGCACAAGAGCAAGGGGUGGACAUUGCUGAUGUGGCUGAGUCAGGUCCUGGCCUGGCCUUCAUUGCCUACCCAAAAGCUGUGACAAUGAUGCCGCUGCCCACGUUUUGGUCCAUUCUCUUUUUUAUUAUGCUUCUCUUGCUUGGACUGGAUAGCCAGUUUGUUGAAGUCGAAGGACAGAUCACGUCCUUGGUUGAUCUUUACCCAUCCUUCCUAAGGAAGGGUUUCCGUCGGGAAAUCUUCAUCGCCUUGAUAUGUAGCAUCAGCUACCUGCUGGGGCUGACGAUGGUGACGGAGGGUGGCAUGUAUGUGUUUCAACUCUUUGACUACUAUGCAGCUAGCGGUGUAUGCCUCUUGUGGGUUGCAUUCUUUGAAUGUUUUGUUGUUGCCUGGAUAUAUGGCAGUGAUAACUUGUAUGACGGUAUUGAGGACAUGAUCGGCUAUCGGCCUGGGCCGUGGAUGAAGUACAGCUGGGCCGUGGUCACUCCAGUUCUCUGUGUUGGAUGUUUUAUUUUCUCUCUCGUCAAGUACAUACCCCUGACCUACAACAAAGUGUACGUGUACCCUACCUGGGCCAUCGGGCUGGGCUGGAGCCUGGCCCUGUCCUCCAUGGUGUGUGUCCCCUUGGUCAUGGUCAUCCGCCUCUGCCAGACGGAAGGAUCGUUCCUCGUGAGACUCAAGUACCUGCUGACCCCGAGGGAACCCAACCGCUGGGCCGUGGAUCGAGACGGGGCCACACCCUACAGCUCCCACUCGACCAUGAAUGGCGCUCUCAUGAAACCGACCCACAUCAUAGUGGAGACCAUGAUGUGAGCUCUCUCGGGCUGACGGGGCUGCUUUCCUGCUGUUUACUAACAUUAGAUUCUCAUAGGACCAGGUUUACAGAGCUUUAUAUUUGCACUAGGAUUUUUUUUUUUUUAAUUGU